GCGCUCGCGCGGGGUUGGCGGGGCCGCGCCGGGACCGGGGCCGGGGCUGGGAGCCGGCGGGGCUGUGCGGAACUCGAACGGCCAUGUGGCCGCUUCGCCUGGGUAGGGCCCUGUGGCGAUGCAGCCAGGUGGGCACUGUCAGCCUGCGGGCACAGCAUAGCCCUGCGGCUGCUGCCGUUGGCGGAAGCAUACCCAACUGGACAGGGCAGGAGAGCCUGGCGGAGAGUGACCCUGAGAUGUGGGCCCUGGUCCGGAAGGAGAAGGAUCGUCAGUGCCGGGGGCUGGAGCUCAUUGCCUCUGAGAAUUUUUGCAGCCGGGCAGCACUGGAAGCCCUCGGCUCCUGCCUCAACAACAAGUACUCGGAGGGGUACCCUGGCAAGAGGUACUAUGGAGGAGCUGAGGUGGUGGACCAGAUUGAGUUGCUGUGUGAGCAGCGGGCUCUGGAGGCGUUCGACCUGGACCCGUCCCACUGGGGAGUCAAUGUUCAGCCCUACUCAGGCUCUCCGGCCAACUUCGCCGCCUAUACAGCCCUGCUGCAGCCCCAUGAUCGCCUCAUGGGGCUGGACCUGCCUGACGGGGGCCACCUCACGCACGGAUACAUGUCAGACAUCAAGAGGAUCUCGGCUACGUCCAUCUUUUUUGAGUCGAUGCCCUAUAAACUUGACCCAGCCACGGGGCUGAUUGAUUACGAGCAGCUGGAGAAAACAGCGCGGCUCUUUCGUCCUCGCCUCCUCAUCGCCGGCACCAGUGCGUACGCCCGCCUUAUAGACUAUGCUCGCAUGAAGAAGGUGUGCGAGGAGGUGAAGGCCUACUUGCUGGCCGACAUGGCACACAUCAGUGGGCUGGUUGCAGCCAAGGUCAUUCCUUCGCCCUUCGAAUAUGCUGACUUGGUCACUAGCACCACCCACAAGACGCUGCGUGGCGCCAGGUCGGGACUGAUCUUCUAUCGCAAGGGCGUACGCUCAGUAGACAAGAAGACGGGCAAGGAGACACACUAUGACCUGGAGGACAGGAUCAACUUUGCUGUCUUCCCCUCCCUGCAAGGGGGCCCACACAACCAUGCCAUUGCUGCUGUGGCAGUGGCCCUCAAACAGGCCAGCUCGCCUGCUUUCCGCCAAUACUGCCAGCAGGUGUUGAAGAACGCCAAAGCCAUGGCACAGGCCCUGCUCCAACGUGGUUACACCCUGGUAUCAGGUGGGACCGACAACCACCUGGUGCUGGUGGACCUGCGGCCCAAGGGCAUUGAUGGAGCACGGGCUGAACGAGUUCUGGAGCUCGUCUCCAUAACGGCCAACAAGAACACAUGUCCUGGGGACAAAAGCGCCCUCACACCUGGGGGGCUGCGUCUGGGUGCCCCCGCACUGACUUCCCGCCACUUCCAGGAGGGCGAUUUUCAGAAGGUGGUUGCUUUCAUUGAUGAGGGCAUAGCACUGGCUCUGGAUGUCAAGAGCAAAACGAGCAAGCUCCAGGACUUCAAGACCUUCCUGCUGCAGGAUGCUGAGACCCAGCGCCGCUUGGCAGACCUGCGCCAACGUGUGGAGACCUUUGCACGUGCCUUUCCCAUGCCUGGCUUCAGAGAUCGUUGAGUGGGGGGGCUCUCGCCCUCCCCCCCUACACACACACACACUUCAAGCCUGGACUACCUGAGACCAAAGGGAGCAUCAAAAACACCCUGGGGCUUCUGCAUCCCCUCAGUCCCCCACCAGCCCUCUGGGAUCAGGCACUUCUUCCCCAGUGGUUGGGGGGCUCGAGGGGGGCCCACCCCAGUCCUGCUCCUGGGUUCGGAGACCAAGCUGCCUCCCAGCGGGGCGGAGGAACCAUUCCUGGCACCAUCCCUGUCCCUUGCUCAAAGAAAGCCUUGCACUUUUCUAUGGGGAGAGGGUUGCUAAUAAAACUGGGUCCAAAGCA